AUAAGAAACAAAGGCACACAAAUCUAGUCUAAGUCUUCUUCUUUGUUCAAAAACAAACCAAUCUUCUUCUUGUAUUUGCCAUUUGAACAAAACAAGAAAAAACAAAUAAAACAAACCACAACCAUCAAUUUCCAAUUUCUUCCAUUUCACAAACGUCGAACAAAUCCAGACCCUUCGUCAACUCUUUCUCUCCCACCUCAGAUUUUUUUUUUUUUUUUUCCUUCUUACUAAUUUUGAAUUUUCAUUUAAUUUUUCUCCCCCAUUUUCUUGUCGGAAAACAGCUUUUCGUGUAAUUUACCUCCGACACCAACCCACUCGUAACGGCUUUUUCUGGUUUCUUGUCUUAUCAUACCAGAUUACAAUAUAUAUAUUUUUUUAGGUUCUUGGUUUGUUGUCUCCGUCUCUGUUUUUUUUCGUUUUUUUUUUUUGAGAAUUGAGUGGUCGGAGAAAGAAAGGGAAGGUUAGGUGAAAGGAGCUAACGUGCGCUAGGGGUGCGUAGUUUAACUUUGAGUUUUUUUUUUUCAAAAUCGAGGAGCGCGUAACGCACACGCGUGAUUUAUUUUUUGAUGGUUAUGGUGAUGAUAACGACGACGAUGGAGAGUGAUUGGGGAACAUGGGAGGAGCUUCUUCUCGGCGGCGCUGUUCUCCGUCAUGGAACCGGUGAUUGGACCGUCGUUGCCGACGAACUCCGUUCUCAUUCUCUACCUGAGAUUUUCACACCUGAGAUAUGCAAGGCCAAGUACAAGGACUUGCGAAAACGUUAUUUGGGAUGCAAAGCUUGGUUUGAAGAGCUUAAGAAGAAACGAGUAGCUGAGCUUAAGGCAGCUUUACUUAAAUCCGAUGACUCGAUUGGGUCUUUGGAAUCAAAGCUUCAGAGUCUGAAGUCAGAAAGUAACGAUGAAUGUCAUCAAAACAAUUAUGAUUCUAGCCGAACGUUAUCACUUGAACCCUCCCCGAAAUCCGAGGGCGGAGGAGAAUGCACGAGCAAAGAUACAUCCAAAGACUUGUCAUCAGUUGGUAGUUUCACACAGCAAGAGCAGACCACAACAAACUGGUCACCGGAAGCUAAGUCAGAAGCUCCAGUAGUAAUAGAGCAAGAGAAGACGAAAAACCUAUUACACAGCGACAUUUUUGAGUCAGUGUAUGGGGGUGGAGGACAAGUGCUUCUGAGUAUGAGGAAGAAACGAGGCAAGAGAAAACGGAAAGAUUGCAGUGUCAGUGUUGGUAAAGAAGUGAUGGAAGUUAGCGCUGUGGAAGAAAGCGAUUUGUUGGAUACUUCUGCGGAUAUUGCUAGCAUUUCUAGGAGUAAAGAAGCUGCUUCUACUAGCAGCAGUCAAAGCCGAGGUCAUGGUUUGGCUAUACCAAAGGAGCUUAUGAAGAUAUACAACACUAUCGUACAGAACGAAUGUGCACUCGUCUUCCGUAGACGGCUUGAUAGCCAGAAAAGGGGGAGAUACAAGAAAUUGGUACAGAGGCAUAUGGAUUUAGACACUAUACAAUCAAGAAUCAACGGUUGUUCGAUAUCUUCAGCGAAAGAGCUUUUUAGGGACUUUCUUUUGGUGGCGAACAAUGCAGCUAUUUUUUACUCUAAGAACACUCGUGAAUACAAAUCCGCGGUGAGCCUUAGAGACAUUGUUACAAAGUCUCUAAGACACUAUUUGACAGAAGAUCAUCAUCCUCAUCGCAGCAGCAUUACUGCAAGCACAAAGGUUGUGGUUCUUCCUCAGAAAUCUACAUCUCCUUCUGUCAGAACGAGUCUGGCAGCUAAAAAACCAAGAACCGGGGCGCACCCUCUCAAAACGGUUGUGCAUGAUAUGGCAAAGACUUCAAGCAGGGGUAACAAAAGGUCUGUUACGGAUUUACCAGUUGCUGCUGUGAAAUCCUCAGCAGCGGGUAAGAAGGGAACAGCGGUAGAGAGAAGAAAGGACGGUAGACAAGCAAAUCGUGGACUCGAAUCUCCUGCAUUGAUGGGGAGAAAGCGGAACCGGGUUAGAUGAUUUUUAUGAAGGGUUUGUUUCAUAUGUUGUUUGUAGUUAGGCAGAGAAAGCUUAUUUGAUGUAGAAGUUCAUAUUUCGGUUAAUCUAAUCUGCAGGCAUAGACAGUGAUGAAUCAUGAUCAUUGGAAACACUAAUUGUUGAAAAAAUGUACAUUAAUCUCAUUGUUAGUUUCUCUCA